AUGAUGCUUAAGGCUUUGCCGAUGGUGACGCUCAUUGUAGGCAGUCGUUGUCCUGGCGACGAGGCUGAUAUAAUUACAUGUAGUGCCAGUUGCGAAGAAAACAAGGAGACAGCUCGUGCCAAAUUCAGUUUGACGAAUAUGGAGCCUGGCAAGACUAAAUGGGCAAACUACAUCAAAGGAGUUAUACACUAUUACAGCAAUAAGGUUCAGGGUUUUAAGGCAGUCAUUGUGAGCAACGUACCCAUUGGAUCUGGUCUAUCGUCCAGUGCGUCACUUGAGGUAGCUACGUUGACAUUUUUGGAGCAUUUAACAGGACGAAAAGUUGAAAGUAACGCAAAACGUGCUUUAAUUUGUCAAGCUGCUGAGCAUAAUUAUGUAGAAAUGCCUUGUGGUAUAAUGGACCAGACUAUUUCCGUAUGCGGCCAAAAGAACCAUGCUCUGCUAUUGGACUGCAGAUCGUUGGAAACAUACCAAAUUCCAUUUGUUGCCAGUGAAAAAGACCUCGUGGUUCUAAUUUGUAAUUCAGGUGUGCGGCAUGAGUUAUCAAAGAGUGAAUAUCCAAAAAGGCGCGCACAAUGCAUGCAGGCACUCGAGUUAAUGGCGCUGAAGAGCUAUAGAGACGCAACAGAAAGCAGCUUGUCAGGUAAUUAA